GCUGCAAGAUGCAGGAAUUACAGUAAUGAAUGCCCAAACUCCAAAGUAUGCAUUACUGUCUUUCCUAUUCAUCUUUCCACGAGGAAAUAAUUCACCAAAUUUGGGGCUACAAGUCCAAAGGUACGGCCCUUUUUUCCUAGAAGAGACAAAAAAACGCAGCCAAACGCGCCACACAAUUCCGGCUAAACUUCAUCAUCUCCCUUCACCACUCUCCUCUCUCCCCUCUCCUCGUUUCUUCCCGAAGCUCAAAUUUGAUGUAAAACUUCAAAAUCAAUUCAAGAUCCCAUUUUUUACCUCCAAUAAUUCAAGCAAUCGUCGAGUCCUAUUAUCCAUGUCUCCAUCUAGGGUUACCGUUACGGUGUGAAAUUUCAAGGGUAACCCUAAAAUAGUCAAAUACCCAAAUGCAAACACGAUGAUGAAGCAAGAGCAGAUGGCACAAUGCGGGAGCUGUAACGCUAAGGACGUUGUUUUCCUCCACAACAUCCGUCAAAGGGGUAUCUUCAGACGAUUCUGCACCAACUGCGUGCUCAAGAGUCAUCUGGGUCUGUUCUGUCCUAUCUGUCUGGAAGUCUUCAGCGAGCCACCGCCGGCGCACCAGCGUCUCAUCUGUUUUAAGUGCCCUGCAAUUUGUCACCGCACCUGCCCUUCUCAGUUUUCCAACUCCUCGGCCUUCAUCUGCCCGACUUGCUACAACCCUGGGUUUAACUUCUUCAAUGUCAACCCCGACAACAGAUCCAAACCCGGCCCUGUACAUGAGCUUGGUAAGGACGAGGGCCUCAGAUUCAUUGAGAAGGAGGCUUCUAAAGCGCUUCUGGCUGCUGCCAAGCUUUCGGCGGUGUCUAUGACUAAAGCUGCUGCCAACUUAAGAAUGGAUGCGGAGAGGAAGGUCAAGGAGGCUGCGCUGGCUAGGAAGAGGGCUAGGGAUGCUCUUGAGAGACUCGCGUUUUUUGCAGCAAAAGAGAACGUGGAGAAUGGUAGAGAAAAAGGGCCAAUUAAUGGACCUGUUGUAACAAAAUCAAGAGUGGAUGCUCAGGCAGAGACCAAAAGAAAUGGCUUGUCUGAAGACAAGGGGAGUAACGGAUUGCAUUCUGUUUCUCCUGUUAAUGCAACCAAGUUGCAGCGUUAACAGGGGAGUCAUGGUAUCCAAAAUUGAUGAUUAAGAAUUUCAAUUAUCAAUUUGUCAAUUGCCAUGAAUUGGACUACAGUUGAUUUUACUCUCUUUUUCAUGGUUGUAUGGAAAGUCUUGUAGAGAUGACCUAGGAGUGGGCUGUUCUUCUGUACUCAGCCCUUUUAGGAUUUCUAUAUUUUCUAUAUGUUGCUUCAUCAAGGUGAAUUGUUUAUUUCUGCGUGGUCCUGUGCAUUAUUUUAUCUGAACUCGCUUUUAAUCCUGCUCUCUGUGACAGUUCCCUUGUUGCAUUUUUUGCAUGCUGUAUGAAGAACUUGAUGCAGUGAAUUAAUUGCCAAAGGCAAGCAUUUCAGUGCAAGGGUAACCUGAUUUUAUUUGCAUAUGGGUGCCAGACUUGACAAAGUGUUGUCAAUUAACUUGUAAACCAGUAAGAAUGUUAUAGCAAAUCAUGUGUAUAAGCAUUAGUGUCUCCUUCCUUAAGUCAAAAGAUUUGAAUUGCUGGGCUAUGCAUGUUUGUUCCAGUCUCCUUUUGCUGUGUUGUUUUACCAAGUUGUAUUAUUAUUUAUUAAACUGGAAGUGCUAUU